GUGAAGGCGAGGUGUGUGGUGUGUCCUUGUGACAGCUCAGCAGCUGCACCACAUGUCUGCCUGGGCAGGAAAAGGGGAAGCCUCUCUCCUCUCCUCUCCUCUCCUCCCCUCUCCUCCCCCAACAGCCAUACACUGGGCGACUGAUGCUGUUGCUAUGGCAUUGGGGUGUGCUGGUUGUUGGUGUACACACACUCACUCACUCAGUCACAUGCUGCGGGGAAAAACCGCGGGUCGGUGUCGCCCAAAUUGGGGAUGGAUGCAAUUACCUCCGCCACCCACCAACCCCCCUUCCUUUCUCCCCCACCCGGUGGUCGUCUCUCAGCUGUUAAAAAUAGGCCAUUCGCAGACGCCCUGACAGCAUCUAACAUUAUUAUUGGGAUGCGGAUAAUGAACAGGCCCCUGAGUUCUCCACAAUGGCCGCUGCACUCGGGGGGGAUGUCGGGGGACAGCAGAAGACCCCAAAGAGGGAGAGAGGAGCGGAUGAUGAUAGAGAUAAUGGCGAUAAACAUACUGGCGCGGCGAUUCACAUUUCCUCAAAACGGCCCCACCCCCUUUCGCAAACCCUCAUUGUUUCGCUGUGGAGGGGAGGAAUUGCUGUACGGCUCAAUGACAUUCCUUCACAAUGGCUGACUUCAUGAAAAAAAAGAAAGAAGAAAGAAACACUUUAAGAGGUAAUUACAGGGCCUGGAAAUUGAAGAGGAUGGGAUUUAUCCUCAGCCCUUUGCACAACUGGAAAACGGGAAGGAAAAGUUACAUGUGGAAAUCCACGUCUGGAUAUUGAAUAUCAAAUCACUCCAAUAUUCCUUCAAAACUUUGUGUGUGCACACCGAUGCCAAGCUCUAGUUAGGGAUCCCCCCCUUCUACCCACUUUCUGUCAAAUCGUGUGUUCUGAAUAGUGUUGCUAUGGCUGGCAGAUUAGAGCAGGGGAAACAGAGACGGAUGAGGGAGGGAGCGAAAAUGGGAGGAACCUGGAGGAAGAGAGAGAGAGAGAGAGAGAGAGAAGCAGGAAAGGAGGGGGAGUGAGCUCAACAUCAGUGAGGGCAGCGAGGCAAGGCAAAUCCAGCGGAGGAUACCCCCCUCCAGUCAGAUGAACAUCGCUGCCUCACUCCCUCCUCCUCCUCCUCCUCCUCCUCCUCCCUCCGUCUCCAUCGCUGUUUUUUUCCCCUCCUCCCUUCCUCGCCUCUCCUCCAUUAUUCAUCAGCGUGCCGAGAGUCCCCGGCACACGGCUCCAGCUGCUGCCCCAGCCGAUCCACCGAGCCUGCUGGAUCUCCUCCUGGCCUAAGCCCGGCUGCAGCGCCCCCCCGACCGCCCCCCCCCCACCCCUCCGAACCCGACGUCCACCUAUCCCCUCCAUCCCCCGGGCAUGGAGACUCAGAGCUGGCCCCUUUUCUGCCGCUGAGAGGGCGAGUGAGCCGUCAUCAAGCUGCUCCCUUAGCUGCUGAGAGGCGAAGCACCAGAGGAAGAGAAGAGGGGUUUUGGGGGUUUUUUUUGUUGUUGUCCUCCUUUCUGCCGUCGAAGGAAUCCGGUUCAUCUGCCUCUACCUUUGUUCUAUUGGAUUACAGUUCUGGCUUUGUGUAGGAACGAGAAAACGGGGUCCAAAAUGCCUGAAGCCAAUUACCUGCUGUCGGUGUCUUGGGGUUACAUUAAGUUCAAGAGAAUGUUGAAUCGGGAGUUGACGCACCUAUCUGAGAUGAGUCGGUCUGGAAAUCAGGUUUCCGAAUUCAUCUCCAACACCUUCCUAGACAAACAGAAUGACGUGGAGAUCCCGUCGCCCACGUCCAAGACCCGGGAGAAGAAGAAGCAGCAGCAGCAGCAGAAGCAGCAGCAGCUGAUGACACAGAUCAGCGGGGUCAAGAAGGUCUCCCACGGGCCCUCGCUCUCCAGCAGCAGCAUCUCUCGCUUCGGCGUCAAGACCGAUAAGGAGGAGCUGCUGUCCAAAGAGCUGGAGGACCUGAACAAGUGGGGCCUGAACAUCUUCACCGUUUCAGAGUUCUCCAACAACCGACCUCUGACCUGCAUCAUGUACGCCAUUUUCCAGGAGCGAGACCUGUUGAAGACAUUUAAGAUCCCGGUGGAUACGUUAGUGGCCUACAUGAUGACACUGGAGGACCACUACCAUUCAGAUGUGGCCUACCACAACAGCCUGCAUGCCGCUGACGUGGCCCAAUCCACACACAUCCUCCUGUCAACUCCAGCCCUGGAUGCGGUCUUCACCGAUCUGGAGAUCCUAGCAGCCAUCUUCGCUGCGGCCAUCCAUGAUGUUGACCACCCUGGAGUUUCAAACCAAUUCCUAAUCAAUACCAACUCCGAGCUGGCGUUGAUGUACAACGACGAGUCAGUGCUGGAGAACCAUCACUUGGCUGUGGGAUUCAAGUUACUACAGGAAGACAACUGUGAUAUAUUCCAGAACCUCACCAAGAAGCAGAGACAGUCUCUUCGCAAGAUGAUCAUUGACAUGGUUUUGGCCACUGACAUGUCCAAACACAUGAGUCUGCUGGCUGAUCUGAAGACUAUGGUGGAGACCAAGAAGGUGACGAGCUCCGGAGUGCUGCUGCUGGACAAUUACACCGACAGGAUACAGGUGCUACGCAACAUGGUGCACUGCGCCGACCUGAGUAACCCCACCAAGUCCCUGGAGCUGUAUCGUCAGUGGACCGAUCGGAUAAUGGAGGAGUUCUUCCACCAGGGGGACAGGGAGAGGGAGAGGGGGAUGGAGAUCAGCCCCAUGUGCGACAAACACACAGCGUCGGUGGAAAAGAGCCAGGUGGGUUUCAUUGACUACAUUGUGCACCCUCUGUGGGAGACUUGGGCUGACCUGGUCCACCCAGACGCCCAGGACAUUCUGGACACUCUGGAAGACAACAGGAACUGGUACCAGAGCAUGAUCCCGCAGAGUCCCUCCCCUCCCUUCUACGACCAGGGCACGCACGGACACAGCGGGGGCACCGGAGGGCAGGGGGGCGGGGAGAAGUUUCAGUUUGAGCUGACCUUGGAGGAGGAGGACUUGGAUGGAAUAGAGAAAAAUGGCGAAGGGGAGGAGGAAGAGGAGGAUGACGAAGAGGAAUUAGAAGAGGAGGAGGAGGAGGAGGAGGAGGAGGACAGCGCGGGAGAUUCCCGAUCUCCUCCCCUGGACUAUUCGGACGGUCAGGAGAACGACGAGGGCGGUAUGAUGGAGCCCACGUCAGCAAUAGAAAUCGUGACACAUGAGGCGUCGCCCACAGACACAUAGGGUGCCCAUCAUCAGGCUCACGCGGUGAUUUGAAAGCUUUCGGAAAGAGAGGGGAGAUCCUCUCGCAGCUGUGUUUUUCACAAGCCCACAGGGGCGAGGGCUUCGUUUCGGCCCGCAGACGGGCGUCUUGCACUUGGGUGUUUGAAGCCAGACAGGGACAGACAGUUUCAGAGAGGCGGCUUCAGAGUUCUCAGGAAAUAAUUGCUGCGAACUUUUGGUCUCGGCGGACAGACGAGACUGGCGGUGGAACUUGAAGGAUUCUGGCCAGUUUUGGGAAAUGGCUCGUUGUGUUUUCUGGACUGGCAUUAAAUGGACAUUGACACUACUGAGAGAAGUUUUGUACCGUGAGACUUUUUUUACAGAUAUGAUCUAGAAGUAGCAUGGAGUAAGAUCUACAGAUGGAGACACGUUUGUAUAGCAAGAGAAAGUUUACUUUUUUCCCUGUACCAUUUGUCAAAGGACUUUUGUGUGCCUUUUUUACUAUUGUCUUUAUAAUAGUUUUUUUAUUUAUUGAACACUCUAGUAUGUCUGUGAAAUAUUUUUUUUUUUUCUUAUCUGAAAGAGCAAAAUCUUUUUUUUGUAUGUUGAAAAGAGAACAGUCUUCCAUGUAUUGGGCAAUAGAGAAAUCCAAACAAACGUCGACAAACAACUCUUGGACAUGUUCAUCCAAAUGGGGACACAUGAACACACACACAUUCUGCGCACAUUUUGUCACAUUUGUUUUUCUAUCCGAGCACAAUGUUUUCCUUCACACGUGGAAUCCGAACGCUUACUUACAACUCAUGGUUCAUGUUACAGUCAGUCGAUGAAUGUCACGGUCACACUGAAACACAUUACGUCUAUUUUCAUGCUGUAUCUACUUCAUACAUCUUUCCUUUCGUAGACGUCUGCAGGCCGUUGGGGCUUCCCACCUUUUUUUCCCACCUCAAUCAUCUUUUAAUGCAAAUUACACUCAUAUCUCGCUCAUAUCUUGCUCAUAUCUUGAGGAUUAUGAAGUCAUUUACUUGCAAGCAUGCGGUCAGGUUUUUCAACGUAACAUUGUUUGGACUUUUCAUUCAUUAGGAUUUUGUCCUUGGUUGGUGUGAACGUAAGCGGGAAAACGAGACAACAAUUUGCUUAGCUGUAUGAUAAAAUCUGAAAUGAAGUCUGCCAAGGACAAAACGCACAAGAGCGGUGAAUCUAUUUUUAGCCCACAGGUAUGCUGCAGUCUUAAUAAUCCUGUUAGUUGGAAUGGGUCCUGACCCCCGACCGGUCUGAUAUAACGCCCCCUGGCCCCCGGUGCAGUCAGGCCCAGACCAGAGGAUGAAAGGUGCUCUUACAGUCGCCUGUCUGAAAGACACUUUCGGACCAUAAUCACCCCCACUGUUCCCACCAAACCCUUCUGGGCUCCACUGACACGACCCCAAAACAACCAGGCUAGCUAUUUCUUCCUCAUGCGAAUCCCCCCCACCCCCCUCAAGUGCUGCUUCUGCUCAUUGACGUCAGUUGAAUUUUUUUUUUCUCCCCAUCCCGGCUGUAUCAGGUUUCCAGGACAGUCUAGUUAUUAGGAUCUGACGCAGGUUGAAUUGCUGAAAUCAGCGUGGCAGACUGUACCCUUCCCAAAAAAUGAGGAAUAAUUAGAUGCUCUAGUUAUAUAUUUUUUUUUUCAUUUCAUCACUAAUUCAUUGGGGAAGAUGGGUUUGUAAAUGGUUUGCAGACGUCACACUUUUACUCCUUUGGCUUCCACGACGGAAUUUUCCGGAUGUUCUAGUCGCAUCUGAUAUAUUCUCCCCAUUUUCACGUUAGUUUACUGAUAUACUCGAAAAAGGUACUUCAUUUAAUUUCACUCCAGCAUGCUUAAGUGGCAAUCGUUUGUGUGCAGUUUGUAUGUAUGGAUGCUUUUAUAGGUGUGUGUGUGUGUGUGUGUGUGUGUGUGUGUGUGUGUGUGUGCGUGCGUGCGUGCUUGUUUCUAUGUGUGUUUGGAUGUGCUGACUUUGUCACCGGGCCUUACCCUUCUCACUCCACACCUUUGUCGCUACUGUUUGUUGCUAGGAGCUCAAGUUGGUCCUUUUUGCUGUUUAUAACAGUGUGUAUUUAUUCUAUACUUUAAGCUUGUAAAUAAGAAAUACUGGUUCAGUGUAAAAUCUAUUUUAAUUUAUAUAUGCACUUGCAUUACCUGGAAGUGGUGGUGUCUAAUGUGUAGAAGACUCUGGAUUAGAGUUUUUUUUAUAGAUGUAUUAUAUAUUGAUAUAUAUUGUUUUCACUAUAUAUAUACAUAUUUACAUAUGUAUAUAUAUAGUGCCCAGCAGAGCAGCAGCUAAAGAGACAUGGUGUUGUCACAUGAGAACCUUGUAACUCGAAACAUCAUUUUUAUUUUGACAUAAUAGUUAAAAAUGUCUUUUAAUGUAAUGUCACAGACAAAAUGAAUAACUUCAUAUUAUUCUAAUGCAUGAAUAUUAAACCAAAAUUUUUUCACUUUAACAUCAUGUUGAAACCUUGAUUAAUGUCACGGUAUUUUUCUCAUACAAACGGAAAUUUUAGUUUCUCUCUGUUAAAUUUUUGGUGUAAAAUGAGUUACAUUUCUUUCGGAAAAAACAGUUUUAGACCAUUCGCGUUGUUGAAGGUACAAGGUUUUCAUCUGACGGCAGCGAUCCGGUAACCCAGAGGCAACAUAGAGGACGUGCUGAACUGCAUACGCUUGGAUAUAGGAUUCACACAAGCUGGGGAACACAGUCGCUUAGUCAGUGCUUGGUAUUAAGGGAUACAUUAUAGCUUAUUUUUCUCUCUGCGACUUGUCACAACCCGCGCUUCUUCAUCCAGCAUUUGAAUGCAGAUUGCUGACAUGAGGCCAGAUACAGAUUUGACGGACAAACACAAAGCAAUUGUCUCCUUUUACACAAAACACACUUCAUGUAAAAGUAGAUAAGACGGGGACAGUGUUGGUAGCAUGCUCCAAUACGCCCAGCACCGACGUGACUCGUUCUGAAUUAACAACACAUGAUCUUAUGUAACUGAUUGUGCUAAUGUGUGAACUCUUUCUGACCAAACUUGUUAGCAGUUUUUGAAAUUCAAAUUUGUCAGUAUUAACAUUGUUUAUCUAUGUUCAAACUUAAUUCUUUUUUUUGGGUCCUAGUUGUGUCCAAAUGGUUAGCCAGAUUUAGCACUAUCUGCAUGAGAUGGGUUUCUUUAUUUUUCUUUUCUUUUUUUUAAAUUGUCAAUAAUAUGUUCAAGUCCGCCAGUUAUUGCAGGUGGGUUAUUAAAUGUUUCACACAAUGUAUGGUAUUAUAUUGUAUAUUGUGUUCAAAAAAUAAAUCUGAAAUACUUUUUCUAUGAAGUGAUUAAAAGCAAAGCAUGAAUAUA